AUGGCCGAGAGCGACCCCGGCGAGCGGCUGGCGGCGGGCACGGAGCCUGGCACCGGGCCGGGCACCGGGCAGGGCACCGCGCCGGGCACCGAGCCCAUCACCGAGCCGGGGACCGAGCCAGGCACGGCGGGGGAGCUACAGAGACCUCCCUACUCGUUCGUGGCGCUGAUCACCAUGGCCAUCCGGGCCAGCCCGGAGCAGCGGCUACCUCUGAGCGGCAUCUACGCCUACAUCGCGGAGCGCUUCCCCUUCUACCGCGGCCCCGGCCGCCAGUGGCAGAACAGCGUCCGCCACAACCUCAGCCUCAACCCCUGCUUCCGACGGCUGCCCUGCCGCCACGGCCGCGCCGGCGAGUGGGUGCUGGACCCCGCUUUCCAGGACAUGUUCCCGGGGGGGAAUUACCGCCGCCGCCGCCGCCGCCUCUGCCGCCGCCCGGCCGCAUCGCCCCCGCCGCCCGCCGGGGUCCCCGCGGGCCCCGCCGCGCCCCGGGCCCCGCCGCCCUCCGAGAUACCCCCGGACCCCGCCGCGCCCUGGCUCCCGCCGCCCUCCGGGGUCCCCCGGGGCCCCGCCGAGCCCCCGCAGCUCCCCGAGAUCCGCCCGGGCCCCGCCGCUCUGUGGCCCCCGCCGCCCUGCCCGGUGCCGCCGGGCUGGCAGCAGGGGCCCUGGGCAGCGCUGGUGCUGCCCCGCCGGUGCCCGGAGCUGCCGGCCCGGAGCCCGGCCGUACCCCCAGGGCUGCCGCUCCCCGCCUGGGCGCUGCGCCCUGCCGAGCUGGACACGGCGGUGACCUGCGACCUGGGGGCCAGGCUGUCCCCCGCCUUCCGAUGA